AUGAAAGAAAAAGUUCCUCCGAAGUUCAAGCUACCCGCUAUCAAAAAGUACGACGGUUCGACAGAUCCCAUCGAUCACCUCGAUGUGUACCAUGAAUGGACAGAUAUUUAUGGCAUAACAGAAGCCAUUAGAUGCAGAGUGUUCUCUUUCACUCUGACUGGUUCCACACGCAUAUGGUUUCAGCAAUUGAAAAGGAAAUCGAUCUCAAGCUUCAAGGAAUUGGCAAGGGCAUUUGUCACCCAAUUCGCCGGAGGAUGGAAUAGAAGCAGGCCUGUAGCAUACCUACUAACUAUUAAGCAAAAAGCGACAGAGAGCCUCAAAGACUAUGUGGCUCGGUUCAAUAAAGAGAAGCUACAAGUGGAAGGUCUGACAGAUGCAGUGGUACUGCUUGUCUUUAUAUCUGGUGUGAAGGACGAGCAAUUGGUGUUCUCUUUUGGGAAGAGAACUUCAGGCACUUUCUCAGAAGCUCGAAGCCGAGCCCAGACGUACAUGAGUGUCGGAGAAUUAAUUCACUCGAAGCGUGACCCUAAAGGAAAAUAUGCAGAUUAUAACACAAAGAGAAAGAGGCCUGGAGAAAAGCGACACGGAUUGAGGUGGGAGAGAUCAGAUAGCGGACAGGGUCGACUAGUCCAACGGGAUCCUCAGCGGAAAUUUGAAAAAUACACUCCAACAACGGUCCCACUAGAGCAGGUCUUGAUGGAAAUAAAACACUAG